AUGUGCAAAUCGUGCAACUGCCAGUCGUCGAUCGCGACGCGUAUCGGCUUUGCGCUCCUGUUCUGUUUCGAUGCGCUCUUGGCGUGGAUCAGUCUCACCCCUGCGCUCAUACGCACACUCGAAAAGUACUCGUUUCACUAUAUACAAAUGACGUGUGAGCAGCAAGAGUCGUGCUUUGGCGUCAUGGCCGUGCACCGUAUUACCUUUGCUCUCGCGCUCUUUCAUGUGAUCCUCGCGGCGCUUUUGGUCGACGUGUCCGACACGCGCUCCAACCGCGCCGCGAUCCAGAACGGGUGGUGGGGCCCUAAGAUUGUCGCGUUCGUGAGCCUGAUCUUCCUCACGUUCCUCAUUCCGAACCCCUUUUUUGUGUUCUGGGCGAACUACAUGGCGCCGCUGCUUGCGCUCGUCUUUAUCGUGCUUGGCCUCGUGCUGCUGGUGGAUGUCGCGCACACCUGGUCCGAGACGUGCCUCGAUCAGUGGGAGCGGCACGGGUCAGAUGUUUGGAUGUACCUGCUCGUCGGCAGCACCGUCUCCUUGUACGCUGCCGUGCUGGUCGUCACCGUGCUCCUCUACGUAUACCUCGCGCCCGGAGGGUGCUCGCUGAACCAGACCUUGAUUAGCGUGAACCUCGUGCUGGCCGUCGUGCUCACGCUCCUCUGCGUGCACCCCCGCAUCCAGGAGGCGAAUCCCCGCAGCGGGCUGGCGCAGAGCAGUCUCGUGCUGGCCUACUGCACCUACCUGGUGGCGUCUGCGCUGAUGAACCGCGACGACAAGCACUGCAACCCCAUUGCGCGGGGCCGCGGCGAGACGACCAAGUCGACGACAGCUGCGAUCGGCGCCGUCUUUACGUUUGUCGCCAUUGCUUACUCGACGACGCGCGCCGCGACGCAGUCGCGCAUCCUCGUCGGCCACGCCGAAGCCGACGCGCCGUCCGGCUACGAGCCCGUGGCGAUGUCCACGCCUAUCACCGAGCAGCCCCGCGCGACAGAGCCGCUGCGUAUCCAGGCGAUCCGGUCCGCGGUGCAGGCCGGCUCCCUGCCGCAGUCGGCGCUCGACGAGGAGCUGCAGGCGGCCGAGGACUCGGACGACGACCUGCCCGGCGGCACGGUGCGCACGCCGGUGAACGACGACGAGCGGGGUGGCACGCGGUACAAUUACACGUUCUUCCACCUGAUCUUUGUGAUGGCCGCGUGCUACACCGCCAUGCUCCUCACCGACUGGCAGUUUGUCAAGGUCGGCGCACCCGGCGGCCACCCCGGCGAGAACGAGUCGCCGGUCGUGUACAUCGGCGUGAGCUCCGCGUCGAUGUGGAUCCGCAUUACGUCGAGCUGGGCGUGCGCGGCGCUGUACGGCUGGUCGCUCCUCGCCCCGGCCGUGCUCCCGGAGCGCUUCGGCUAUUUGUAA